AUGUUCAAUGCUCUGAUUCGGACGCACCACAUUACUUCGAGGAAGAAGGUGACCAAGCUAAAACAGGCUGCCGAUGCGACACAGGUCUUUGCUCUGCUGAGAAGCGGAAGCUCACCAGGCAUCAUGUAUGUCGAAGGUGCAGAGAGUGGUGUCAGACAGUGGGUUGAUUCUGUCCAUAAUCUUCGCUACAAGGACUAUCAGCUAGUUGCUCGACCAGCGGCCGUUCAGCAUGAGAACCAGCCUACCAAGGAAUCGCAAAUAAGACCUGGUCUGUAUGAGACUGAUACGGUGAGCGAUUUUGGUAAACAAUUGCAGGACCGCGGUGUAUAUGCUUGGUGGCGCAAAGCUAUGGGCUAUGCAAAGGAGUAG